AUGGGCAAGAUCCAACUCCCCCCAUCGCCCCAGGCCACGGCCACGAACCCCUCCUCCGCCUCCUCGCUCCCCGACGAACUCCCCUCCUACGACGAAGUCACCCAACCCAUCGAACCCUACCGCGACGCCGAGCAGGAAAACCACCUCUCCCCACCCCCAAACGCCUACCACAUCCCCGGCCAGCAACGCUACAACAGCAUCCGACCCGCCCAGCGCUUCUCCGGCUCCGUGACCCUCGACCCCGACUACUCCAGGCACGCAGAAACCCUCGAGCGCUUCAUCGAGGCCCAGACGCGUCUCCCGCCGCGCCCGUGCCUUUCCGUCCACGGCACCCACAAGGAGAGCAGACGCAGCGGGAACGAGACCAAGACCGAGAACGUCACGGACUUUGACUUCCGCAUUGACCUUACCCGCACCAUUCUCCGCUGGGGCCGGAACGAACUCAGUGGGCCGAGCGAGCGCUGGUCGUAUACGACUGUUGUGAGCGACACCGAUGGGCAAAAGGCAUACCGGGGCGGGAGGAUCAAGGCGCGGUCGGGCAAGAAAACCGGGCGGAUUGCGCUCGGCGAGGGAGACGAGGGCGAGAGAUUGAUGGAUCUCGAGAACCAGGAGGAUUACCCGGGCGUCAAGGGCUGGUGCGAGCGGUUCUGCAAUGACCCUGCGCCGGUGAAGUCAUUCACAUACCGCCGCUCCCUGCACGGCUUCGACGCCAGGCCCAUGCGCGACUCUCUAACCUCGCACAUCCGCUCCACCGGCUACGCGGGCCACAUCGUCAUCAACCCGGUCGUCGCGAACGGCUUCGUCACCGUCUACUCGCCGCACUGGAUCAACACCCUGCGCAACAACGCCUACGUCUACUGGAUCUGCAUCAUCCUGCAGCUGUGGAUCCUUACUUGGCCAUUAAUCUGUUUCAUGGAGCGCCGCUACGAGGUCGUGCAUUCGAAGUGGUUCUCCUCCAAGACAGUCUGUGAUGCGUCCGCCCCUGGUGGAGUCAGAAAGUGCUACGCCGCUGGUCCAGGAAUGGACGAGGCCAGAGCCGCGGAGAUGUGGGCGCCUGUUGUGCGCGAGGCGGCGUGGCAGGGGCGCGUUGAUGGGUGUAUUCUCGGCGAGGCGGAGAUCGAGGAGUUACGGAGGAAGGGCAUUGAGCGGAGGGAGCAGCUAGGUGAGAAUGGGAAUGAUUUGCCGAGGCGUGGGCAGAGUGUCCUGGGGGCAAUGGGCAUUCGGAGUAUCGGUGGUGUGAAUGUUACGGGGGCUUGGGGGGGUGAUAGCUCCAGUGCGAGCAGUUCGCGGUUUAGUAUUCGGAUGGGGUAG